AUGUCCAUGUGUGGAUAUGGGUGUGGAAUGGGGCUGAUGACUUUUCAAGUGACCUCAAGGAGAAGAGAAUUUGACCGGCUAGAAUGGGGGGUGGACUUGGCAACAGUGGCAGCCCAGGCAGGGUCUCUUCUCCACAGCCUAGUGCUUCGGGCCCAGGAGCUUGUCCGGCAGCUUCACUCUCUACAGGUCGACAAGCAGGAAUUUGUCUGCUUGAAGUUUCUCAUCCUCUUCAGUCUUGAUGUGAAGUUCCUGGAGAAUCACAGCCUGGCAAAGGAUGCCCAGGAGAAGGCCAACGCAGCCCUGCUGGAUUACACCAUGUGCCAUUACCCACACUGUGGUGACAAGUUCCGGCAGCUGCUCCUGCGCCUGGCCGAAGUGCGUUCUCUCAGCAUGCAGGCGGAGGAGUAUCUCUACCACAAGCACCUAGGUGGGGAGGUCCCCUGCAACAACCUGCUCAUCGAGAUGCUGCAUGCCAAGCGGACUUGA